AUGCUUUUGGCUAGGAGGCUAAAUGAUGCACGAUCACGAUUAUCUUCGAUGUACGCCACGUGGGGAAGAUAUCUAUAUUCUAUCACCAAACUCGCACAGCUCUUCCUUUUCACUCCUGUUAGAGAGACAUUCCCAGCAGAGGCACCUCCGAGUGUCAUUCAAAGAGAUCUUGCCGAAGUUUUCCAACGCAUUUUGAGUGUGUUUUCGCCUCUUAUCGUACCUGUUUCAACAUCAAUGCCACCAUUUUCACCUUCAAAUGAAAAUGAAGCUAAUAUAGUUCUUGAAGGAUUUGUGAAUUUGCUUAACUCUUUGCCACACAAUGUCGCUCUUCAACCUGGGAGUCAGGUAGCUAACAUAGUUCUUGAAGGAUUUGUGAAUUUGCUCAACUCUUUGCCACACAAUGUCGCUCUGCAACCAGGGAGUCAGAAUAUACCAUCGUUGAUAUGGCAAUUUUACUACGAAAAGCUUUCGACCCUCUCGCAUGGAUCUACUCAUUACUAUGCUAUAUUGGAACAGCAAUUAGUUAGGAUUCCGUGGCAUUCGUUCUUUCCAUCCGAAAGAGGUCUGGCGGCUAUGGAUGAUUGCCUGGCUAGAGCUCCUCUUUGUGCACCUUUCAUAGCGCAGAUAGUUGUUAGAGUAUCGUGGAAGGAUGUGCUAUCGAGUCACAUUCAAGCUGAGCUUCUACCUCAGUAUUUAUCUUAUCUCUUCAGUGUUUUGCUGCGAAUCGGCUCCAACCCUACUAGUUAUGUCAAGAUUCGUGCUUCUCUGCUUGAUCUUCUGAAAAUAUUGUCACAACGUAGCGAUUGGGCAACUGUCACACCAGAACGAGUCGAAGAUUUGGCGCAAAGCUUUGAAGCUAUUUUGAAGAUUCGUGCUUCUCUGCUUGAUCUUCUGAAAAUGUUGUCGCAACGCAGCGAUUGGUCAACUGUCACACCAGAACGAGUCGAAGAUUUGGCGCAACGCCAGCCGCAUAUAAUUCAAGCCCUUGUGACCACUUGGACUGCAUAUAUCGACGCUAAUCACGAGUCUCCGCUGGUACUCACUUCUCUCAAUACCCUAAUUGGCUCAUUAAACGCAGAUCAAUUGCUCACAGCUCUGAAGGUCAUGGAGAAGACAUUGCAUGUUUACUUUAACCGUAAGUUAUUUGAUUGUUAAUG